AUGGGGUCGCAGCUAUCGAGUACGGUUCAGUCCGUCCCUCCUGUCUCUUUGUUUCUCUCAUUGACGUCGAGAUCAGGGGCUUCUCCUUCUCAAUUUGGUUCGCAUCGAGGUUUGAGGUUGAACUUCGUUCGGCUGCCAACUGAACUGGUGUUUACUGGUGAUUGGAAGAUUUGGGAUCCUGGGCGGUUCACGGAUUUGUCUGAGCCAGGAUUGGAUCAGGUUUUGAUCCGGGCCAAGGAGGACUGUGCCGGUGAAAGUGUUUGGCGUUGUGGUGAUGAGGGUAGGAUCAGCCUUCUCCGGUGGAAUUCAGACUGGGAUAUCGGUGCGGCUCCUUGGAUCAGUGGUGUUUGGGUGCUGAGGCUCUCAGGUGCCCGGAGAGGAGCUGAUGCUAGGGUGCCCAUGAGCUUGGGUGCCCUAAUCAGAUUCAAAUGGGCUUGGGCUUUUGUCAAGGUUGCUUUGGCAGACCUGACUUUGAUCCGGCUUAGAGGCUUUGCAAAAGCAGAACUAGAUCGUUAUAAGCCUAUACUGAUGGGAAUAGCUUCUGAUGAAAUUCUGGGGAUGUUUAUCCCCAUAAUACUGUACUGGCUUUACGCUGCCGUAAUAAUAUCCAUUGAAAAAUUAGUCCCCAAGUAUAAACUGCGAAGCUCAGAGGAGCAAGACAAGAGAAACCACCUCGUCUCCAAAGGGACAGUAAUCAAAGGUGUUGUCCUCCAGCAAGCACUGCAGGCUUGCACUGCCACACUCUUGUAUAUUCUGACAAACCGUGACAAUGAUGCUGCUGCUUCUGUGACUACUUCUACUACAGGUUAUUAUUUCAUUAUAUGCAUAGAGAGGAGGUUUCUGAUAGCUAUGGUGGUGAUGAACACAUGGCAGUACUUCAUGCACAGAUAUAUGCAUGAGAACAAGUUUCUUUACAAGCACGUCCACUCCCAGCAUCACAGGCUGGUGGCUCCGUAUGCAUAUGGUGCACUGUACAACCACCCGUUGGAGGGUCUUCUCGUGGAUACCAUGGCGGGAGCCGUCAGCUUCUUGGUCUCUGGGAUGUCUCCGCGGACUUCGAUUUUCUUCUUCUCCUUUGCAACCAUCAAAGCAGUGGACGACCACUCCGGCCUAUUUAACUUUCCAUGGCACCCGUUUCACGUCUUAUUCGAAAACAAUAGCCUGUAUCAUGAUUUGCACCAUCAGCCUUCUGGGAUAAAGUAUAACUACUCCCGGCCAUUCUUCGUUUUUUGGGAUAAGAUACUCGGUACCUAUCACAUGCCAAUGAUCCCACCAUCUUAUGAAGACGCCAUAUGGACCGUCACGAAAUAA